AUGCUUAUGACAAUUCGCCCCAGUAACAGCAUAUUCCCUGAGCAGCAGCAGAAUACCCAAUCAUUCAACAACUAUACCUCCGAAAGCAGACAAACCGCCGACCCUGUCAUACUGUACACCGAGCAACAUCUGCUACACACCAUUUCGCCGCCUCGAUCACAAGCACACUUCAAUCCAUCUCCCAACGAGAGCUUUUCAGCCGCGCAAAGGUCUUCAACUGCCGUCAGGCGCAGAUCUCCACCGGUGAUGAACGGUUUGCUAGGGAACACGCCGCAGCCGUCCAAGUACGUGCGGGCGCUUUACGACUACGAGGCUGAUGAUAGGACGAGCUUGAGUUUUCACGAAGGAGAUGUCAUAGAAGUCAUCACUCAGCUGGAAAGUGGUUGGUGGGAUGGCGUUAUCAAUGGGGUGCGAGGCUGGUUCCCAAGUAACUAUUGUCAAGUAAUUGCAAACCCAGACGACAGCGUGGAAGACCCGCAGAAUGGAUCGUCAAGAGAACACACGGAUGACGAGGAAGAUGAGGAAGACGAGGGCGAGGAAUAUGAUGAUCAAUAUGAAGAAGAGGACGCAGAGUCUGAACUGGACGAUAUGGUGCAACUACCAAAUGAAGGAACGAUCAAUAACAAACGAACGAGAGCAGAUUUUUGGAUCCCGCAAGCAACACCAGAUGGAAGGCUAUUCUAUUUCAACACAGAAACGGGCGAGAGUAGCAUGGAGCUACCCCUCGAGUCGCCUUCGUCUGCCUCGGAGAAUGGACCACGAAAUCGAAUGAAUGUCAAUAUCCCAGAGAAGACGAGACCGCCGCCAGAGAUGAUGGCACGAGGUUACAUGCAGGAUGAGGAUGACGAGUCUGAUGGAAACUCCGCUUCAGAGUUGGAGGGAGAAUCUCUCAUGCUUGCGUCCAGAGGCUCUUUGCCUCGAAAGCGCCGCUCUUUUGGCUCUGAGGGUAUUUCUCCGGCUACUUCCAUGGACUCGAUCAAUGAAUUCUCCCCGCAACGACGGUCUCGGGCUGACCCGAAUUUGUCCAUGGUAACAUCAUUGCCAAUUAUAGGUCCUUCGACAACAUCCUUCACGAACCCUUCACUCGGGCCUCCUCACGCUGCAACAUUACCCCGGUCGUUCUUUGAUGAUGGCUCCGCUGCACCUUUGACUUGGAAUAGACUCGUGGCGAAUAUGAAACGGGCAGUUGAUCGGUACAGGGAGGCUAUUAACAAUAGUGAACGAUCAGAAUAUGUGCGCCGGGCGGAGGACAUUUCAGAUCAUCUGCGCCUGCUACUCGCUGCUGGAUCAGGGACAACAGACAACCACUCCGGUCAGCCGUCCAUCAUAUCCACAAACAAGGCAUUAUAUCCCCAUUUCAGGGAUAUGAUGUCCAAGUUUUCUAAAUUGGUCAUCUCCUCGCAUAUUGCCGCGGCAGACUGGCCAAAUGCGGAAUCUUAUCAAAAGUGUCUCCAGGAAGCGGAUGGUGUUCUACAGGGAGUGUUUAGUUAUGUCGAAGUUGCAAGACAACAACGAGGAGAAGACAUUCCACGACUUUUACCUGGAUUCGUCAUUGGAAGCACCACAGGUGGUAGCUGGCAAAACAAUGGCCUUGGGUCUCGGGAUCCAUUAACCUCGAACUUCUUGGAUGAAGAUGAGGCAGUCGUUGAGCCUUCUGCUGUGCUUGAUGCCAACUUGAUGGAGCGACUCGACGACCUGAAGCGAAUGCUUAUUUCGAGUAUAAGGAAACUGGAGGAGCAUCUUGUCGUCACUGAAAAGAUCGUCUCUCCGUACAGACAUGAGAUCAUUGGAAAUAAUGUCUGUUCGGCCGCUCGAAAAGUCUUGGAAAUGUCUAAGCCUUGGAUUUCAGCCGUCGAAUCAAUCAAUCUAUCAUUUCUUGGAAACAGCUUCCAGAACCCGCAAUUGGUCGACUUCGCGGCAUAUAAACAAAACUUGUAUGAUAAUAUAUCGGACUUGGUGCUGGGGUGCCAAGCCGUUGCAGGGCCUUUGGGAGAUGAGUGGGCCGAAGUCCGUGGGGAAUCACUGGAGGGCCGACUGAAUUAUGUUCGGCAUUGCGCAAAACAACUCGAGACCAACUCAUCACAUGUUGGGUUUUCACUUCAACUCCUGGGCGAACAAAUCCAGAUGGGACGACAGAAGGAAGAGAGUCGCACCUUGCCACCUCGUGAGGACAGUCGCCAACGAGAUCCGAGAAGAAUUGAAAGUAUGUCUUAUGAGCGCAUCCAUCAGAGAACUGACUCUCGCUUCAACCCUGUGUUGAGACCAGCGUUAGCUGGCAUUGCCCAGUCAGCUUCAUACUCGGAAGGAGACCGGGACCCAACUGCAAACUUUCGAAAAGGGGAGCAUUCCAAAGUUAGGAAAUUCUUUGGAGAAGAACCUAUUCGCAGGGAUCCACAGUCGGAUGAAACACCCGAUUGCCUGAAGCUCGAACACGAAGAGGAUAUUUUAUACGAUACCAAGACACAACCUCCUCAGCUAAAGGGUGGGACAUUGUUAGCGCUUGCUGAGCAACUGACACGGCACGAUAAACUGGAUUCGAAUUUCAACAAUACCUUCCUUUUAACAUAUCGUUCUUUUACAUCUGCCCGGGAACUAUUUGAGUUUUUAGUAAAACGUUUCCAAAUCCAACCGCCUGAAGGAAUGGCCAAGUCGGACUAUGAGAUAUGGAGAGACCGCAAGCAGAAGCCAAUCAGAUUUCGAGUUGUCAAUAUAUUGAAGAGUUGGUUCGAUAACUUUUGGAUGGAGGACCAAAGCGAUGAUACGAAGGCCUUGAUACGCGAUGUCUAUACAUUUGCUCGAGAUACGGUCAAAACAACUGAGACCCCAGGGUCCGGACCAUUGAUGACGGUAUUAGAACAACGAUUACGCGGACAAGAUCCAACAGCAAAACGCCUGGUCUUGACUCAGAGCCAAUCUACUCCUCAGCCGAUUAUGCCUAAAAACAUGAAGAAACUCAAGUUUCUGGAUAUUGAUGUUACCGAAUUCGCGCGCCAGUUGACGAUCGUUGAAUCAAAGUUAUAUGGCAAGAUCAAACCGACAGAAUGCCUGAAUAAGACCUGGCAGAAGAAGGUUGGCGAGAAUGAUCCAGAGCCAGCACCAAAUGUCAAGGCUCUCAUCCUCCAUUCGAAUCAAUUGACGAAUUGGGUAGCUGAGAUGAUCUUGACUCAGAUGGAUGUCAAGAAGCGUGUGGUCGUGAUCAAGCAUUUCGUGCAGGUAGCUGAUAAAUGUCGACAACUUAACAAUUUUUCUACCCUCACAUCAAUCAUCUCUGCUCUUGGCACAGCUCCAAUACAUCGCUUGAAGAGGACAUGGGAUCAAGUUCCUCAAAAGGCACUCACAAUUCUUGAGGUCAUGCGCCGCUUGAUGGGCAGUACCAAGAACUUUGGUGAAUACAGAGAGAGUUUACAUCUCGCCAAUCCACCAUGCAUUCCCUUUUUUGGUGUCUAUCUUACGGAUCUCACAUUCAUCGAAGACGGUAUUCCUUCUAUCAUCAAGAAAUCGUCCUUGAUCAACUUCGCCAAACGUGCCAAGACGGCCGAAGUCAUUCGUGAUAUCCAGCAAUACCAGAAUGUGCCAUAUCCCCUGCAGCCAGUACCAGAGCUGCAGGAGUAUAUAUUAAGCAAUAUGCAAGCUGCAGGUGACGUGCAUGAGAUGUAUGAAAAGAGUUUGGCGGUAGAGCCACGUGAGAGAGAAGACGAAAAGAUUGUGAGGGUCUUGGCCGAAUCUGGUUUCCUCUGA